UCUUAUUGACUGAAGCCAUGAUGAACAGAAGUAAUCGGACGCUGACAGGAAGUGAAGAUAACAGCAUGACUGAGGUCAGAGAUCUGCCUACCUGUUUGUCUCCUGCUUUAGGCGUCCGAGCUGAGCCCCCAGUUGGUGGUGGGAGCGCUGGUGCUCGUGCGAGUGGGCCGAGGGGAGCGCGGUGACGGCCGAGGGAGCGGGGUCGGCGGACACCCCUGUGUCGUCGGCGGCCGGCGCCAACACGGGGCCGAACUCGACCUCCUCCUCGUCCACCUCGUCCUCCUUUUCGGCGCCCUCGCACUCGGAUGCCGGGCCAAAGUGUGUCUGCAGCUCUAUUGAGGGGGAAAAGUCAAGAGAUGCCAGUAGAAACUCACCUGGAAUGAGAAUGGUAAUGGCUGCCUGCACAGCUCGGCGGAUGAUGUUAUCCAUGGCGAACAUCCAGUGAGGUUUGAUGUGAUGGUUUCUGAGCACCUUGUUUACCUGAGGGAAGGAAACAUGAACGCUAUUUAAUGAGACACCUUUUUGCCGUGUGUGUGUGUGUGUGUGUGUGUUUUCUGACCGAGUCCUGGAAGCCGAAGAGCACCAGCUGGAUCUGGUUGAUGGAAGUGGAGUCAAAGUCCAGGUCCAGCUUGAGCUUGGAGAUGGUGGCCGCCAUGACGCGCCUCUCCGGGGAAUGGAUGAAGUCUCGGAGGAUGCAGAUGAUCUGCUUGAUGUGCUCCACGGACAGCUGGAGCUCCUCGCUGCCCUGAGCGUCACCGAAGAUGUCAGCACAGGGAGUUUUUAAUGUACCUUAAACAUGGCGGCUUGAGGCUCCCCCAGCUCAUGGAAGGGAGGCUUUCCGGUGGCCAUUUCUAUGAUUGUGCACCCCAGGGACCAGAUGUCUGCUGGGGCCCCGUAGCCUCGGGGACCUUUAUCGAUGAUUUCCGGAGCCAUGUACUGCAAAGUGCCUGUCGCCGGAGGAGGUCUGCCUGUUCCAUGGGAGGAAGCCCGAGUACCCGGAGGGAACCCACGCAGUCACGGGGAGAACAUGCAAACUCUACACAGAAAGAUCCCGAGCCCGGGAUUGAACCCAGGAUUACUCAGGACCUUUGUAUUGUGAGGCAGACGCACUAACCCCUGUCCCACCGUGCUGCCUUAUUUAAGCCUUGCUUGUUCAAUAUUCAUUGCAAAACUUGUUUGGGUCCCUAUUAAAAGGUUAAUUUGUUCAACCUUGGCCCGCGGCUUUGUUCCGUUUUAAAUUUUGGCCCACUCUGUAUUUGAGUUUGACACCCCUGUAUUAGACUGUAGGUCUUUAUUUAUUUUUGUUGUUUAGCUUGAUUGUAAAAUAUGUCGAUCAAGAGGGGGUGUGGCGUACUUUUAUUGUCAAUAUUCAGUGUUUUAUUGUUAAUAUGUUGUGAUCCGGCUUCCGGAUCACACAUCUCUAGCAUGUUUGUCUUUUUUGUAUUGUCCUACUAUGUUUUGAUCAUGUUUUGGACUCUACCGAUCCCGUUUGUUAGCGCACUUCCUUAUUUACAUUCAUCACCAUGACAACUUAUUUGCUCCUCCUGCACGGCUCAUUCACACACCGGUUUGUAAUUAUGUUUUCUGUAUUUAAGCCCCUCUGCUACCUAGUUCGCUCUCGCCAGUUUGUUUGCACCUGCAACCGUUACGUGAGUGGUCUCUGUUUAUUUUUCUGCUUGCUAAAUGUAGCUUGCCUCCGCGCGCUUGCCUCGCGCUUUAUGGACUUCGAACUCUGUCUUCUGUGUAUAUUAGCAUUUAGUUUUCUGUGCUCAGACACGCCUUUGAUUUGCUCUUUUGUACCAGUGUUCUUUUGUAACUUCAUAUUAAAAGGCUGUUCAUACCUUCAUUCCUGCCUGCUGUGAUCCUGCGCAUCGAGAGGCGACACUCCCCGCGCAUCCACGAUGCCGCGCAAACGUAACAGAAACUGGCGAGCAGAAACGCGUCACCUCGCGCUGGAUCCUCCAGGACACCGUUCCCGACAAGCAGCAUACCCGACCAAGUACUCCUCCGCUCCAACCCAGGACUCUUCUCUACGGGUUGGUACUUUGUUCACUUCUCCCGUUCCCAGUCACCAUGUUGCUAUUCCCAUUAGCAUCCCACCAUCUUCCGCCUUCCCUGUCACUCACAGUGACGUCACUCCGUUCACGCCCCCCUAUGACGUCACCGUUAACACCUUAGUGGAUUCCUCUGCACAUUUUUUUGACCUUAGUGACGAGGAGCUUUUUGAAGAUGAACUUUCUCCCAUUCCACCCAAGGACCUAAUUUUAUAUACGAAAAUUUUCAAGGAUAAUUGUAGCACAUCCAAGCCCAGUCACACCCCCAACAAUGACUUUAAUAAUAUAAUUAAUUAUUACCAGGACAUUUUCCGCCACUACUAUGACUCUAGUCAGUCUUCACCCCCCAUACCCGCUUCCCCCCCUCUCAAGUCUCGUUCUCCGCCUGAAUCCGUGCCUUUUUCCACCUCAUUUAGUGAGGAUUUUGAACAUUUUAGAGGGGAGGAGCCUGCCCUCCUCCAAACCUCCCACCGCCCGCCCUUACGGUCAGCCUCUGUCCAACGGGGCCCCGUCUGGAAUCCGGGUCUUGAGGGGAGGGCCAGUAUUACUACCAAGCCUCCUAGACCUCCACCACCGGUGUUCACCCCUGUUAAACCUGUUAAGCCACUACGGCCUCCUAGACCUCCUCCACCGGUGUUCUCCCCGGUCAAGUCACGCCCUCUUAGACCUCCUCCACCUGUGUUCCGUCCGUGCCCUAGUUCUAGUUUUAGUCACAGUCUCUCUGAGUUCGAGUCCCAGCCUUCUUCGUAGCCCAUGCUCUAGUCCUACUCGUAGACCGACUUGUAGACUGAGUCGUAGUCCAAGUCCUGGCCCGAGUUUCCGUUCUGAUUCUAGUUGUAGUCCUAGUCUUUCUCGUAGUCGUCGUAGUCCUAGUUCCACUCGUAGACUGAUCCGUAGUCCGAGUCCUGUUUCGAGUCCGGUCCCGAGUCUUGUUUCUUGCCUUUGUAAUAUUAGUACUGAUUCCCCUCGUGGUCUUAGUCCGAACCCUAGUCCUUACCCAAGUACUUGUCCGAGCCCCAGUGUUACUGUAAGUCCUAGUCUUUGUCCUAGUCCUUGCCCGAGCACCAGUUUGAUUGUUAGUCCCAGUCCUUGCCCAAGCCCUAGUUUGACCGUUUGUCCUAGUUCUUGCCCAAGCCCUGGUAUGACUGUAAGUCCUGGUCGUUGCCCAAGCCCUUCUCAAAGCACUAGUGUGAUUGUAAGUCCUGGUCCUCUCUCAAGUCCUUGCCCGAGUCCUAGUGUUUGUCUUAUCACUCAUCAUAGUCCUAGUCCUGCUCACAGCCAGUCCCCUAGUUCUCCUCGGCAGACCCCUGUGCCUGCUCCUCGGCUGAAGCCGACUCCUGCUCCUCGGCUGAAGCCGACUCCUGCUCCUCGGCUGAAGCCGACUCCUGCUCCUCGGCUGAAGCCGACUCCUGCUCCUCGGCUGAAGCCGACUCCUGC